CCUCCUGCUGUGUCUGCGAUGUAGCUGAUGAAUUUUAAACACUCACCGCCACCAUAUUGGAACUAGAAUACUGAAAACACGGACAUUGCAAUAACAGCUUUAGAUGAUAACUCGAUUUAUUAUUUCGUUCAUGGUCACCGGAAUCCCCCAUUUUUUAAUUCUUUUUGGACCGGUCCAUGUUUAUGGGCAUUGAGGUAAAUAGUAAACUCGCAGUUUGUCAACUAUCUUGUAGCGAAGAUUUAACUAGUCAGAUAACUAAAGCAACAGGGCGCUUAUUUAUUUAUAUAUAUGUACACACAUGUGUAUAUAUAUAGAAAACGUAGACGAAUAUUUUUAUGUGGACACUUUUUUGCUCAGUCUAGUAACACAGGUUUUGAGAGAUAGCUAAUCUAAGCUAAGCUAAUCCUGCGCGCGCGCUACUUCGAGUCAAGUUAGCACAAUAAAAAACAACCACGCAGCUAGCCGGUUAGCUAAUCAAUGCAUGUAAUGGUUAGUGGACUAGAGACAUGAUUUAUUAGGAACCGCUGCCGCCAGUCCGCGUUUACUUUCGCGAUUAACCUUUUCUAGCUACGUCUACGCACUCGGGGUGGAGAACAUAACGUUAUAACUAGCUUAGCUUAGCAAACAGGAAGAACCUGUCGUUUCCAUGGACAACACGUCCAUCAUAACGCAAGUUACAAAUCCAAAAGAGGAGGAGAGCCUAUCGUCAAAUCCUGAAAAAGUUUCGCUGUCCAGCAGCAGCUUGAAGAAGAAAACUCACCGCAGUUUAUUCAGCUCCUUCUUCUGCUGCCUGCGGAGUUAUGAAGCCGAUCCUCCUGCCAGCACCAACAACAACACCAGCAGCCCUCUGCCUCCGCCAGUGGAGGAGAACGGAGCGCCACCGAAGUGUGAGCAGGCUGAGGUCAUCCCUGUGCCUGGUCCUCCAGAGAAAUACCUCCUCCCUGAGGUCAACAUCAACGACUACGGAAAGAAGUGUGUGGUGAUAGACCUGGACGAGACUCUGGUGCACAGUUCCUUUAAGCCUAUUAGUAAUGCCGAUUUCAUCGUUCCUGUGGAGAUCGACGGCACGGUGCAUCAGGUGUACGUCCUGAAGCGACCGCACGUGGACGAGUUCCUGCAGAAGAUGGGAGAAUUGUUCGAAUGCGUGCUCUUCACAGCCAGCCUUGCCAAGUACGCUGACCCCGUGGCUGACCUGCUGGACCAGUGGGGUGUAUUUCGGGCGCGACUCUUCCGCGAAUCCUGCGUGUUCCACAGAGGAAACUACGUCAAAGACCUGAGUCGGCUCGGCAGAGAGCUGCACAACGUCAUCAUUGUGGACAACUCACCAGCCUCCUACAUCUUCCACCCUGAGAACGCUGUUCCCGUGCAGUCGUGGUUCGAUGACAUGACCGACUCCGAGCUGCUGGACCUGCUUCCGUUCUUUGAAGGACUGAGCAAGGAAGAGGACGUGUAUGGAGUUCUGCAGAACCUCAGAGGCAGGUAGCAAGCUGCAACCUUCCUGCCUUACAUGGGCAAAGCAAAGAGGUCGGAGGGCAAAGGGCAUCCCUGCUCUCAUGGACUUCACCUCCCAGCAGCCCACUGCUCACUACACAGGAAGCGCCGACGCCUCCGAACACCGACUCCGAACGCCCACUACGGACCUUUUACAGCUCACGAGAGACCCACAAUGCUUAAGUGCUUAAUAAUAAACCAAAAAAACGCCAAACCCCUUCUUUUCCCUUAAGGAUAGAAAGAGAAUCCAGAUAUUUGGGUUGAUUCUAUGCAGGCGUUAAAGGACUGUGGGUUUUCUUUCCUCUUCGCUGACCCAACAAAGUGCCUUUUUUGAAUGUCAUUUUUACUGGGAAAACAUUUUUGUACAUGAAAAUAUUUCCAGAGAUUUUCAGAAUUCUACUCUUUAAAAACAGAGACAGGUUAUUAUUUUUUGUUAAAGGCAGUGUUAUCGAAGGCUGGAAGUUCUUUUGUCUUUCCUUUAAUCGCCUCCAUCAGUGUUUUUGUUUCUCUUUCACUCGCGCCAUUAUAUAUUGACCGUUUAUAGACGUGCGGACGUUUUGUCUCGUAAAAGCAAAGGAACGAAUUUGCACUCGUUCACCGUACACACUGCUACGGCUCCUUCGGUUUGGUUCGUGAGAUGAGGAAUAAUCGGAGACGGCAGGAAAACAUUAUUUCACGCCGAGGCUUGUUUUGUUUUUACCGGGUUGUUGAAUUUUAGCUGCGAUGCUACAAAACAUGCUGACAAUCAUGUCUGGCUGUUUCAGGCUCGUCCGGUGAACAUUUGCGCGCUUGUUAUGGAUCAGCUGACUUUUAGUUUGUGUUUUUACGUUGCGUUUUAAAGCUGGUGUAACGUAGCCACCGUGCACAUCCACUUCAUUUUACAUGUGUAUAUAACAAUAAAGAGCGGUCGGGAGAAUCGCAUCCGGGUCGUGACAGGAUGCAACAAUUUGCCAACGUGUCCCUCAGGUGUUUGCUGAUAUUUUCUUUCCCGUCGUCGCAUCAGUCUAUAAUCUAAUCUUUUUAGGCCGAGACCGCGGUUCUUUCUAGAGCUUUAUUGUUUGCCCAGCAGCAUCCCUUUUUUAAUAAGCGGAAUAAGAUUUUGCGCUCUAUACCUUAGCAAACAUGCCUGCUGUUUAGUUCCAUCAGUUUCUUUGCUUUAUUUUGUAUUUUUCAUCACUUGAGCGUUCAAACUCUCUUUCUGAGCUGCACCCUGCUGCUGCUAUGGCACACCGGACUUCAGUACCUCACACACACAGCGCCCCAUCUCACUGCUCUGGUGUGUGUGUGAGAGAGAAAGAGAACGACCGAGAGCAGUGAAGGUCCAACCGCUGAUUAGUUUGGAGCAGUGUAGAGGUGCUUCUUGGCUCUCUCUCUCUGUGUGUGUGUGUGUGUGUGUGUGUGUGUGUUAAGCCUCUCUCACCAUGGUGCCUAGGAGAGGAGCAGCGGUGUAUCAGAGCUGCAAAACACGCAAUAACACCUCUGUAUUUUUUGUUGUUGUUUUGUUUUCUUGUACACACUACACCACGACCAGUUCGCAUUAAUUUCCCAUUUUUACACAAUUUUUAUUUUGUUGUGCUAAUGCCCCUCCCUCCUCCUCCCAACUUCUUCCUCCUCUUUCUCUGUUUUUCAGUUUGCUAAAUUGUCAUUACAAUGACAAAGUAUUUCAUUACAAUCAGGCACCUUUUUAAUGACCCUGCUGCUGCUGCUGUUUUUUUUUUUUUUUCUUCUUCUUUCCUGAUUUGAACCCUGUGUGUGGUUUCUGCUUUUCAGAACCAGUGUCAGAUUUAGUUUCCCCUUCACAUAAAACAAGGAGGAGCACUUUCGGUGUCGGUCAACAAUGUUUUAUUAUUAUUGUUGUUCUUUCAGCUUUUGUUUUCUUUUUUUCCCUCACUAAUAUUUAAAGGCACAACUAGUUAUCGUGUCAAGAUUACGUUUAGACUUGUUAAGCAUUACAUCCACUUGGGGUUCCAUUUUUGUUUUUGUUUAUUUUACAUUUCUUUCUUUUUUUUUCUUUUUUUUUUGGAAAGCCAUGUAGACAUUCAGUGCAGCUCUGAAAAUCAGUGACAAGAUUCUGCACAAUGCCACGUUUGCAGUCUGUUUCAAGGUGAUGUGAUCCAUGGUUUGUUGCAAAUUUUCUUCCAAACUAUGAUGUUAUAUUAAAGCACCUUUUUAGAAAAGAAAA